UGAAAACUGCUGCACUGUACCGGAUGUUCAACACACGCCGUGAGUCCAAAACCUUGAGGUUUACAACUUCGAUGUUAAACUAAUUUAAAACAAAUAAUUCAAGUUACAGAAACGAUUUGUCACGCUCUAGACAAACAUAAUGUCUGACAAUGAGGACAAUUUUGAUGACGGAGAUUUUGAUGAUGGUGAAGAUGAAGAACCUCUGGAUGAUCUGGAGAAUGUAGAUGAGGAUCAGGAGAACGUUCAGAUUCUUCCAGCCGGUGAAGGACCGCAGGCCAAUCAGAAGAGAAUCACCACACCCUACAUGACCAAAUACGAGCGUGCACGUGUGCUGGGAACACGAGCGCUGCAGAUCGCGAUGUGUGCGCCUGUGAUGGUGGAGCUGGAAGGAGAGACAGAUCCACUGCAGAUCGCCAUGAAAGAGCUCAAGAGUAGAAAGAUUCCCAUCAUCAUCCGCAGAUAUCUUCCUGACGGGAGUUAUGAGGACUGGGGCUGUGAUGAGCUCAUCAUCACUGACUGACACACGCGUGACGUGCAGCAGAUGUGUGUAGAUUACAUGUGUAUAUCAGUAUUUUACAGUGAUGUUUUUCUUUCUGUGUGCAGUACUUGUUUUCCUCCACAAGGGGGCGGUACAUCACACACAAUAACACUCAACACAGAGACUUGUCAAGAUUUCCCUCUGAAUUUAGUUAUUUAAUGUUUGUUUGUUUGUUUUAGCAAAAUUAAACCUUUUUUAAAAAAAUGUA